CUCUCCACUACACAAUGCAAUGAGGUGUUGCACUUGGCUAUAUUAUAGUGCCACCCCCACUUCAUGCCCCAGCAUAGCCCACCGCAUCAAUGCCAGAAGCAAGGCCGGCAGGCACUUUCCUUCUAUUGGAGUGGCUGCUACUGCUCAUUCUUGCAAGCUCUAGCCCUCCGCCAGACCCGAUAAAGUGCUCGCCAGGCACCGGCAAAUGCACCAUCACCAACAUCUAUGGGACCUUCCCCGACCGAUCGAUCUGUGGAGCAGCAGCUGCGGUCUAUCCAACCUCCGAGCAAGAGCUCGUUGAGGCGGUGGCGAAAGCCACUGCCGGCAAGAGGAAGAUGAAGGUGGCAACACGCUACUCCAGUAGCAUCCCCAAGCUGGCCUGUCCCGGAGGGGAUGACGGGCUUAUAGUCAGCACCAGAUACCUUAAUGGCAUUGUGAGCACCGAGGUGUCGAGGAUGAGGAUUACGGUAGAGAGUGGAGUGACGCUCGAGGAGUUGAUCAAGGUGGCGGCGAAGGCCGGCCUUGCGCUGCCUUACGCGCCCUACUGGUGGGGGGUGACGGUCGGCGGCAUGCUGUCGACGGGCGCCCACGGGAGUUCUUUGCGGGGGAAGGGGAGCGCAGUCCACGAGUACGUCGUAGGGCUGAGAUUGGUCACGCCGGCUUCGGCCAGCGAAGGCUACGCUAAGAUUCGAGAGCUGGACGUCGGGGACCCUGACUUGGAUGCGGCCAAGGUUUCAUUGGGGGUACUUGGAGUUAUCUCGCAGGUUACCUUGGCGUUACAACCGCUGUUCAAGCGAUCCAUCACCUUUCUAAAGGGCGACGACUCGGACCUAGCAUCGAUGGCAGUCACCUUGGGCGACCAGCACGAGUUCGCCGACAUGUCAUGGUACCCAGGCCACGGCAAAGUCAUCUACCGGAUUGACGACCGUGUCCCCUCCAAACUCCCCGGCAAUGGCCUCAACGACUUCGUCGGAUUCCGGUCCACGGCGACGCUACUACUGGGCAUCAACAGAUUAGCAGAGGAGACCCUGGAAGCCACAGGCAAUGCUGACGGCAAGUGCACCGAUUCGAAGCUUACAACGACGACGAUUGCCAUCGAUAACUAUGGGUUUACAAAUGAUGGCGUUUGGUUCAGAGGUUAUCCCGUGGUUGGCUUCCAGAACCGGUUGCAGUCCUCAGGGAGCUGCCUCGAUGGACCGGAGGACGACCUCCUCACUGCAUGUCCAUGGGACCCAAGAGUUAAGGGGGAGUUCUUUCACCAAACAACUUUCAGCAUUGGAUUGUCCAAGGCUAAGGACUUCAUCCUCGAUGUACAGAAGCUCAGGGACCUCAACCCGAAAGCUCUGUGUGGCGUCGAGCUCUACAAUGGCAUCCUCAUGCGCUUCGUGAAGGCUUCAUCAGCGUACCUGGGCAAGCAAGAGGACUCAUUAGAUUUCGAUGUCACCUAUUAUAGGAGUCAUGACCCCAUGGCUCCAAGGCUUCAUGAAGACUUGCUUGAGGAGAUCGAGCAGAUGGGACUCUUUAAGUAUGGAGGCUUGCCGCACUGGGGGAAGAAUCGGAACAUUGCAUUCGAUGGAGUGAUCGACAAGUAUGCGAAGGGGCGAGAAUUUCUCAGGAUUAAACGUCUCUAUGAUCCUGACGGAUUGUUCUCCAGCCAGUGGACCGAUCAGGUUCUUGGUGUCAAUGGGACAACAAGCAUCAUCAAGAAGGGUUGUGCCUUGGAAGGUCUAUGCAUAUGCUCGGAGGACAUCCAUUGUGCACCUGAGAAGGGAUAUUUUUGCCGCCCUGGUAAGGUGUACAAGGAUGCCCGGGUAUGCACCAAGAAUUAACUAAUAUCAGCUCGUUUUAUACUCAUAAAACCAUCAGUAGUCUUAAGAACAAGAAGCAUAGUCUUGUUCAGUGUUAUUACGGUGAUUGUUAUCAUGUUUGGAUUUUCUAAUUGUUAAUGUAUAUUAUAAACGAGCAAGACGUCUGUACUUUUCAAUACAGGGUUACUGAUGUACGUGAAGAUCCAAUGUUUCCCACAAAAGGCAAAUUAUUGCUUUCUUUAUCUAAUAAGCGUUGUGAGAGAAAAUUUAAGGGCGUAUCUCUCAAUCUGCUAUUAAAGGAAAAGGAAAUUGAUAUUCUGGGAGAGAACUGAGGGGAUUUUGAGGAUUUGUAGGAACUACCAUGUCCCAUAGUGUUUAUAUAUAGGAGGCCUCAGAAUUAACUGUUUCGUAAAUUGCUUGUAUGUGAUCAAUGGUGAUGAUCAGCUUGAGAGUCAUUGGGCUUGGAUGCUGGCUACAAAGCUUCCAAUAAAAUAUUUGGAAUGAAAGAGCAAGAGAAAGAAAACUGCUUAUUGCUUUUACUUUGACAAAAUGUUGUUCAUUGCUGAUUCAAGGAUUUACAAGCAAAGCAAUUGAAUCAUAACAUGGCCAGCCACAAAAUGGUUUGACAAUCGAAACAACAUUGCCGCAAGACAAGCAACACAACCUAUAUCAACUUGAAUCAGUUGCAUGAUCUCAACUAUCUCUAUAGAUAGCUCUAGGUUUACCAAGUCCAACAAUAUACGAGCACAACUCGUUCAUAGACAUCAAAUAAUGAGUUGCUUUCAAGCACAACACAUGAUGGUCCAUACAACACAAAACACUCCAUGGAAAUAAAAUGUAAGUUGCCAACUUUUGUUUGUCUUGCUGCUAAAUCUCUUUCCCUUUGGCUUUCCAUCAAGCAAUGCUGAACCCGAGAAUAUUAACUUCGCAGCAAGAUGAAUUGAAAUAAGAAGCAUCUCGCAAGUCAAAUGCAUUGAUUCUAACAUAAAUGUACUGAAGCAGUUGAUGCAGUAACACAGACAAACUGUACCAGCGCCAACCACGAAUGCAGCCCCUUACAACAUGCAUCUAGAACUUACUAGUUUUAGAAGUUCAGAGUGAUGGGGCUUGCUUUAAUCAAAAAUAUUAUCUUCACCGUAAGAUGAAUUGAAACAAAAAAGCAUUUCGCAAGUCAAACGCAUUAAUUCUAACAUAUAUUUACUGAAGCAGUUGCUGCAGUAAAACGCGCAAAAUGAAUCAGCACCAGAAAUGAAUGCAGCAGGCCCCAGUGCCGCAAGUAUCUAUCAUUGCCAUAAUUUAUAAAGAAACCUCCUUUCCAGCAUCACCCAAAGCAAAAGGAAAAGUAAAUAUUAGCUCUAAAUUUUAAAUAAACCAAUGAGAAAAAUUCCCUCUUAGAUAUCAUUUUCUUGUCACUUCAGGAGGUUUUUUGCUCAGUUAUCUACCUGGUAAAAUACACCAGCAGAUCUGCUUUAGCUUUAUGCACAAGCAAUCACUUUUGAUGGCACCCUCACUCCCUUAUAAUUUUUGGUUAACCAUUCCCUUUCACAAACUUGAAGCUGCUCCCAUUUUCACUCCCACUUCUUUGUGCAACUGUAGUUUGCCAAGAUAUUACAAUUGCAAAGCCUCCUUCAUGCAUCACAAUGCAAAUUAGCUUUGAUACUGAUCUUUCCUUUUACCAACCUUCAUUACCUUCCAACAUAAUCAUCAUGCAUAAAAAUCUGACCGUACUGGCUCCACCAUGUUCUCAUCUCUAACAUUCUUCAUCUUGCUGCCUUUUUGUAAUCUUACCCCCUCUAAGCUGCAGAUGCAUCAACACCUGCAACUCCCAUUUUAAUUGAGUGUUCACUCUUUUGUCAACUAAAUGAAGGUUUGCUUUUCUGAGCAAACCAGCGAGACAGGGAAAAAGGAAAUGUGGAGGAUCGUUUGAUGAUCAAGAAAAAUAGAAAAUCCUGCACAACAGAUGCAGGACCAUAAAAAAGGAAACCAUCUGAAACCAAACCUAAGUCCAAAAAAUAUCUGGUAUUUGAUUUUAAAAAAUCCUCCUGUCCAACAAUCAUCAACCAUAGCAUCUACCUUGGCAUGAAGUUCAGUUGAUUACCAAAACCAAGGCUUACUGGACAAACAUUCUACUAAAACCUGGCUGCCACUUAAUUUUCACCCAGACCAAAUAUCCCAAUGUGAUCUAGCCAGCACCACAUCCAACUUUAAAUAAAUAGGAAACUAUCACGAGCAUUAAAAAUCUUAUAUACUAAUACCACAUUUUUGGCCGAUUUCUAAAAACAAGACUUAGUGAUCAAACAUUCUCCUAAAAAAUAGGGCCACUUAACUUUCACUUGGACAAGAUGCAUAAAUGUAAUCUCACCACUAUCACUCAAAACUUUGACAAAAUGGGAAACCACCACAAGACCCAUCCAAGCACCCAUGCUACUGAUACCACAUUUGCCACAAGCUUUAACCUUCCUACAAGUCCAACCAUUUCUCCACAUGGUAUGAUAUAUGAUCAAAUAAGUAAGGCUAAAAGCAUCAGGUAAACUAACCAUUUCAUUCACUUCACUUUAUUACCAGAACUUAUUUAAUAGUAUUCUUAUAACCAAUACAGAACAAUGUCUAUAAGACCUAUCAUCAUAUAAGAACCAUAACCAGGCAUGUAAGUUAGCCUUCAAAAUGUGUCAAUAGAAAGUAUCUUGCUGCUAUGGACCAUGCUGGAAAACUUAUUAUAUAUCCCGAGUGAAGGAUAACUAAUUUAGCUGCAAAGUUUUCUCCUAGACCCUGCUAUCCUGCAAUGAAAUGAAAUAUACCAUUGGAUAAUUCUUUAUACCUUUCAACAUAUGGAAAAGGGAAUACAAAUCUCACACCAUAGCCAGGACAAUGCUUCAAUCCUUUACCUAUUUUGCUCACUUUCUCCAUUUCUAAUCUCCAAUUGCACAACUCUGCAAAAUCCUUGGUUAAACAUGAAUGAAUGAAAUAAAUAUCUAGCGUGUGUUGAAAUAUCUGGCAUCCAUUGUCAUCAUAAGAUUGCCACAAAGGUAUUUUGAUCUCAGAGAAUUUCAGGCUCGUCUUCCUAAAAGUGAUGCAUGCUAAUCCCUUUUCUCUCAUGAUCCAUAAAGCAGAGCAAACCAUUAGGAAAAGAGAAAAGGGGGUUCAGAAGAUCAGCCCAACUCUCAUUACCAAGAUGAUAGAUGAGCACAGCAGAAAAGGAAUUGGAAGAAGAGGGGGAAGAAAAUAACACUAGAACAAAUCUUAAGCUCAUUAGAAGACAGAAGUGAAACCUACUCCAACCAAUACUAUCAAAUAGAAUUCCAUUCAGACUCAAUCAGCAUGAUACAGGACCAAGUAGCGAUGGCUUGCAAUGUGCGAAGGACCUAAAAGUCUAUAAAUCCUAGGCUUUAGGCUCAGGUUUCUGUUUGCUGUCUAGCUGCAGAUAACAGGACAGAAAAAUGUACAUUGAUGAUUUUCUGGCUGAUAAAAGCUGCUUUAAACAUGCAUUGGUUAAGGAUUCUAAUAGAUCCUAGAAACCCAAAAGUGAAAGUUCUAUGGCAAUCCAAAAUGGUUCAAUGUCAAUCUAAACUCUAAAGUAUAAUUUUCAGAGAACAGUGAAAUAUCUGCACAAUUCGGUAUAGGAUUGCAGAUUUUAUUGGACCACAGACUCUCUUUUUUUAAUUAAAUAUUGGACCACAGACUUAAAAGAUUAGAUAUAAGGGUUAAUUGCAGAUGCACUAAAGAAGAAUGAUACUAUGAUAGACUUAAUUAAAAAAGAAAAAAGAUGACCAACGAAAAGUUGAAAUUCUUAGCAUCCUCUGUUGUCUGUGCACAGAUCUUGUGGACAAGAGUGAAGCAACUUAAAUGGUUAAAAUCUAUAUCCAGAACUGUCUAUCAAAUAAUUGCAGCAAUAGGAUCAAUUGACAGCAUAGAAUAAUAAGAUAAGAAACAUGGAAAACAGAUUUGGACAUGAAGAAAAAAAAA